CGGCGCUGCGGCGCAGUUGUCUGACGGCAGCCCGCGGCUGCGGACGUCGCCGGCAGAGGCGCCCUGCGCUGCGGCGCGGGGACCACGCCGCGGCUGCCACGGGAUGACGUGAGCCGCCUGCAUUGUGAGAGUGAGUCCUUCAAGAUGGACCUCAUUCUCGACGUCAACACGUGGCUGUACCCCAUGGAAUUGGGCGACAAGUUCCGCCUGGUGCUGGCGACGACGCUGCAGGAGGACGGCUACCCGGACAGCGGCGACUGGAACCCGCGCGAGACGGAGGGGUCGCGCGCCGACCGCUUCGAGUACAUCAUGUACGGCAAGGUGUACCGCAUCGAGGGCGACGACGCAGCCACCGAGCCGUCCAGCCGCCUGGCAGCGUACGUCUCGUUCGGCGGGCUGCUGAUGCGUCUGCAGGGAGACGCGAACAACUUGCACGGCUUCGAGGUGGACCAGACCAUGUACCUGCUCAUGAAGAAGCUUGCCUUCUAGACUGAAAACUUGUAUUACAAUCUCGUUUAAUAAAUGCCUUACCACUUUCUGUAAUCAUUCGUGUCACCCAGUUUUAUGUCGUCAGAAACAAUACUUCAUCCACUUUCAUCUCAAUUAGAUAUUUUUUCGUAAUGUUAGUUCGUACUUUAUAAACAGUAUGUUGUAUGGGCGCUUAACAGAAUGCUUAUUUAAAAUCUUUGUAAGUUAGUGAAACUGUUUACAUAGUAAGUUUUUGUAAACUGAAUACUUUCAACUUUUAUUGAUACGUGGAAUAAAAUAGCAAUUUCUGCUGAA